GCGGAAAUUACGUAUUGGUAACAUCCUUAUUGUUUGCAUAGUUACGGUUUUGAUGUUGGAAAAAAUGGAAGAGGAUUUGUAGAAGAUAUUUACCGCUACACUAAAUAACAUUUUAAAAUGGCUACAGUAAUGCACGGUAGAAGAAAAGGCCAGACAAAAUCUGCCAACACAAAGAUACUGCCGUCUAAUUGCAAUACAAAUGCAGCACCAAGGGGAAUGGUUUUACCCAAUGGUACAGAUCUAAGACAAGUUACAGUGUUAACAAAACAAGACUGGGAAAGAAUAGAGAAUGAGCUUAACUACAAACAAAUCCAAGAGGAAAUGAUACGUAAAAUGAGAGAGGAGAGAGAAGAACAAAAGAGAAAAUCUAAGGAACUGAUUAAAAACUGGGCAAAUACAAUUGCAGGUCAAAGGCAAAGAAAACUCCAGGCUAGGCAAAUCAGAGAAGAAAAAGAAGAGGCAGAGCGUAAGGAAAUUGAUAUUGAAGAAGCUAAGAUUCAGGCACAACUGCGCAGAGAGGCAAUAGAAAAAGCCAAGACACAGCAGUACUAUCAGACUGAUCGAGUCAAGACCUUCCAUAGUGCACUGGUUCUCACUGAAGUUCUGAAAGAAAGGGAAGCUCAGCUCGAGUUAAAAAGAUUGAAGGAGCAGGCUAUGGGAGAUCAGGACAUCGAAUACAUGAAAAUAGACAGGGAACUCUUUGAAAAGGGAAUACUUGCAGACCAGGAAAAGGCCAGGCAGCGUUUAGAGCUUGCAGCUAAAACAAAAGACUUUCAGAUUGCACAGAUAAACGAGCACAUGAAAGCUAGUGAGAAAGAAAAAGAGUUGGAUUUGAGAGAAGCAGAGGAAUUAAAGAAAUUAGCAGUCCAAUUCCAGAUAGAGAAGGAGAGAUUGGAUAACAUCAGGAGAGAAGAAAGGCUUGCCAUGCUACAGGAGAACAUGAAACAAAUUCAAGAUGUUGAGAAAAUGAAAAUUUUACAACAAAAGCAGGAAGAAGAAGAAGAUGAAGAGUGCAGAAUCUUCGCUGCAGCAAAACGUAAAAUGAUGAAACUUAGAGUACAAAAGGAACAAGAAAUUCAUGAUGAGAAACAAGCUAAUCUGGAGAAGAUUCGUGAAAAAUUAGCAGCACAGAUGAAACAAAAAGUUAGUGAUGAGGACACUAGAAUACGCAGAGCAGCCGAGGAGGCAGAAAUAAAAAGACUUGAAGAGGAAAGAGCAAAGGAAGAAAAACUUCUCAAAGAAAUUAAAUUACAAGCAGAACAUAGAAAAAAACAACUUCUAGAAAAAGAAGAGAAAAAGAAACGUGAUAAAAUGGAGGAGCUUGAAAUUCUGGAAAUGCGAAGAGCAGCUGAUGAACUCUUCCGCCAAAAUGAAAUGGAAAAAGCUAUUCGUCGCAAACAGGAAUCAGAAGCUCUGAAAAACUUUCAUAUUGAUCAAUAUAAUGAAAGUGUCAACAAAGAAGAAGAAGCUAGAAGGACACAGCUUGCCCUGGAUAAAGCCAAUGUUGAACUCAUGGAAAAAGAAGAAUCUCAAUUUCAGGAAUAUGCUCAAAGGGUUAUUGAUCAUUGCAAGAAGGGAGGACGAAAUGUCUAUCCUCUUGAGAAAGCAGCUAAAAUAGGAUCUGGAGGUGGAUCGGGGCCAGUAUUUUCAGGGAAAGUACGACCUAGUUAUUUGGUGAAUGAUAAAUCUGGGGUUCAGAUGCCACACUACCAGAAAGAGUCCACAGAAGAAACUAAGUUGCAGAUCAAUGGCUGUAGCCCCAGCAAAAACAGACUAGGCUUUGUGUGGUAGACAUCUUGAGCUGUAAGAUAGUCAAAUAGUCAUCUGUAUACCCUGGUUGUGAUCAUUGAUGUAUCACACAAAAUAAUAGUACCAUUCUAAAACAUGUAUAUUUAAAUACUACAAUUCACAUUUGAUAUUCAAUAAUGUUUGACUAAACAGUUUUGCAAUAUCUUUAUGGGUCAGUCUUAUAUUAAGAAUGAAAACUAAUAUUUUCAUAUGUUUGUCUUAGCACAUGCUUUGAAAGUGUACAAAAUUCUGUCUAUAUUUAUAGUCAGGAUUUCAAUUUCAAACAGAGUAAAACUAGUUAGGAAAAACAAAGACAUUAUUUGAGGUAAUUCAAAUGCGUACUCUAUAGAUAUAUAUUAAUUUCAAAGAAGUAAAAUAGUUUUAUAUCAUGUAUUAUUUAUAAAAUUUAAAGUCAGUUCAAUCUUCAAAACAUCAACCUUAAUGUAAUUUUAGCAAAACAAUUAGCAAAUGAAAUUAUUUGAAACUUAUUUCUAUUUGAUUAGUUUGUCCAUGUCAGAAACUAUAAAGUAUUUUAAAAGUUUGAGAAACUCAUGUUCUGCUUAAUUUUUUAAAUACAUUUUGUUAUUAUACCCAGAAAACUGUUCAUUGCUUAUAAAUAUCUGGAUGUUUACAUUUCUUAUGAUAAAUAACCUUACACUCUUUGCUGAAUGUCAGUUUUCUUCUGAUAAAUAUCCCAACAUGUUUUGUUAUGAUGGGGGGGUAUUUUGUUUUUAUAGCUGUGAUACAGUAUUAAAUUGAUUGUAUGAAAGCUUUUGAAUGCAGAGAAUAAGUAGAGCUUUAAAAUGAUUAAACAAGUUACUGUGAUAUUUUUUUUUACUUCAUAUCUUUCUAUCAAGUAUACAAAAAUACUUAACUUAACUGAUCAUCUCAGUCAUCAAAAAGAUAUUAAAGAGACAUUGGGAAAAAAAAUAUUUAAAGAUCUUUUUUGUAGGGAGUUCAGAACUGAUGAAAUAAAUUUGAUUUACCUAGCACUAUAAAACUUUCUUAGUUUGUCCUCUGUACACUUUAGAUCAUCGGGACAAAUUAAAAUUUAUAUUUUUUAAACUA